AUGGAUGAUUCCAUAGAUAUGUAUGUAUAAUCUGUAUAAAUAAUUGUCAUCUCAGUUCCAGCUUAUUUAAAUACAAUAAAAGAUAAGCCACAAAGGAUGUUGGCACCCUUGCUGGUCUAAAAGUUUUAAGAAUUAUUAAUGAGCUUAGAGCUGCUACUAUUUGUUUAUGAUUUAUAUAACAAAUCCAGCUAUGAAAAUAAAAUUCUCAUCUUUGAUUUAGGAAGUGGUACUUUAGAUGUCUCAUUGUUGUCUAUCGAAGUUGGUGUCGUUGAAGUCAGAGCUACAGCUGGUGAUAUCGACUUUGGAGGUGAUGAUUUUGAUAACAAACUUAUCCAAUAUUGUUGUAAUGAAUUUUUGUAGAAGAAAGGAAUUGAUAUUAAAGGAAAUCCAAGUUCAUUAAGAAGACUUCGAAUCUAAUUUAAAAGCUCAAGGAGAGUAUUUAAUCAGCCAAUUAAUCUACAAUAGAAGUUGACUCAUUAAUUAGAGCUAAAUUUGAAUUCAAUCUCAAUGAUAUUGCAGUAGAUUUAGAAGGAUGGAUUCCUGAUAUUUUUUUUGUAAAGGAUUACCAAAAUUCAAUAAAAGGUGAUUCUAAUGAUUUUGAAUUUAACCCAUCACAGAAUGAAAUUAAAACUAGUUAAGUAGGCUGAAAAAUUUAAGGAUGAAAAGUCACAAAUUGAAAAUUGGUUUAAGGAUUUUUGA